AUGCUCCUCAGGACUCCAGAGCAGACUUCCAUGCUACUGUGGGCAUCCUUGCUGGUCCUAGCAGCUCCAGUCAGUGGACCACUUGCUACUGUACCCAAACCCAUGAUUUCCCUCCAGCCUCCGUGGACCACUGUCUUCCAUGGAGAGAGAGUGAAUCUGACUUGCAAUGGAUUUCACUUCUAUGCACCAGAGAAAAUAAGAUGGUACCGUUGGUACUCUGGGAAACAACAUCCAAGUGAAACCCCAGGAAACACCCUCGAGGUUCGUGAUUCUGGACAGUACAUUUGCCAGGCCCCAGGCUCACUCCCGAGUAACCCUGUGCGCUUGCUCUUUUCUACAGCCUCCUUCAUCCUCCAGGCCCCACAUUCUGUGUUUGAAGGUGAUGAGUUGGUUCUGAGAUGCCGGAAAAGGGCGAGAGAGAAACUGACUGCUGUGAGGUACUUUUGGAAUAGAAAAGUUAUAUCUGUUUCUAAUAAAAGCUUGGAUCUUCUGAUAUCACAAGCAAGUUUAAACAACAGUGGCUGUUACCAAUGCAUUGGAUCCUUGGAAAAUAAACGUGUAUUGAGAACAAGUCUCACAAAUAUUCGAAUUCAAGAGCUAUUUCCACGUCCAAAGCUGAAAGUCACAGACUCCCAGCCUACAGAGGGGAAUUCUGUAAACCUGAGCUGUAAAACACAGCUUCCUCUAGAGCGGUCAGACACUCGGCUUCACUUUGUCUUCUUCAGAGACCAUGGGGUCAUCCUCUCAAACUGGAGUGCAUCCCCAGAACUCCAGGUCACAGCCAUCUGGAGAGAAGACUCAGGAUCAUACUGGUGUGGGGCCAUGACCAGCGGCAUCCACAAACUCAGCCUCCCGCUUCAGAUUGACGUGCAGAGGAUCCCCGUGUCUGGAGUGUUCCUGGAGACCCAGCCCCAGGGGGACCAGGCGGUCGAAGGGAAGAUGCUGCUCCUUGUCUGCUCUGUGGCUGAAGGCACGGGGAACACCACGUUCUCCUGGCACAGAGGGGACACGAGGGAGAGUCUGGGGCAGAAAAGUCAGCGUUCCCAGAGAGCAGAGCUGGAGAUCCCUGUUAUCAGGGAGAGCCACGCAGGGGGCUACUACUGCACAGCUGACAAUGGCUAUGGCCUCAUCCAGAGCGAGGCGGUGAACGUCUCUGUGAGAAGCACCCCAGGGAUAAGAAGAGGCCUUGUUGCAGCGGGAACCACUGGGGGGACAUUCAGCGUUCUCCUGGCUGUGGCCCUGCUGUUUUACUGCUGGCACCAGAGGAAACUAGGAGAUGGUUCUCUGGGAGACACAACCAGGAGACCCCUGACCCUAGGCCCAGGAGUGUCUUUCCAUCCCAUGUGUCCUGACCCAGUGGAGCUGCAGCAGUUGUAUGGCAAUGUGCACCCCAAAGAAAGAGACCUGGUAUAUUCUGAGAUCCAGAUUAUUCAACCUGGGGAAGAAGGAAAAGGAAAUACCUUCAGAACAUCUCUAGAGGACCAGCAUGCCUCAAUUGUCUACUCUGAGGUGAAGACACAGCUCCAAGAUGAUUCAGCUGGAAAUGUCAGCUCUAAAGAUGAAGAUGUCAUGGAAAAUUACAAGGGUGUCCUACUCAUGUGA